AUGCAGCUGAUUGGUCCCUACCUGCAAAUCUGCAGCCCAUUGGUCCCUACCUGCAAACCUGUAGCCAAUGAGUCCCCACCUGCAAACCUGCAGCCAAGUGUUCCCACCUGCAAACCUGCAGCCUAUUGGUCUCCACCUGCAGCGGCCCGCGGCCCGGGCGGACGGAGCCUUCCGGCUCGCAGCUCCCGCCGGCGGAGCCUGGCCGCCGCCUCUCCGCCCAGCGAUCUGACCGCGUUCUCCUUCCCUUCCGCGCUCUUCUCCAGGGAGAGGCUGGUGGGAUCGGGCCGAGCUGGAUGGACGGGCAUGGGGAGAGGGGCAGGACGCUCCGCCCUGGGAUUCUGGCCGACGCUCGCCGUGCUGCUCUGCAGCUUCCCCGCAGCCUCCUCCCCGUGCAAGAUCCUCAAGUGUAACUCCGAGUUCUGGAGCGCCACGUCGGGCAGCCACGCCCCGGCCUCGGACGACACCCCGGAGUUCUGCGCGGCGCUGCGCACCUACGCCCUGUGCACCCGCCGCACGGCCCGCACCUGCCGCGGGGACCUGGCCUACCACUCGGCCGUGCACGGCAUAGAGGACCUCAUGGGCCAGCACAACUGCUCCAGGGACGGCCCCACGGCCCAGCCGCGCCCGCGCACACCCGCGCCGCCCGCCGGGGACAGCCAGGAGCGGGCCGACAGCCCCGAGACCUGCCACUACGAGAAGACCUUCCACAAGCACGCGGCCGCCCCCAACUACACGCACUGCGGCCUCUUUGGGGACCCCCACCUCAGGACCUUCACAGACCGAUUCCAGACCUGCAAGGUGCAGGGCGCCUGGCCGCUCAUCGACAAUAAUUACCUGAACGUGCAGGUCACCAACACGCCGGUGCUGCCGGGCUCGGCCGCCACCGCCACCAGCAAGCUCACCAUCAUCUUCAAGAACUUCCAGGAGUGCGUGGACCAGAAGGUUUACCAAGCCGAGAUGGACGAGCUUCCCGCAGCCUUUGCUGACGGCUCCAAAAAUGGGGGAGACAAACAUGGGGCCAACAGCCUGAAGAUCACCGAGAAGGUGUCGGGCCAGCACGUGGAGAUCCAAGCCAAGUACAUCGGCACCACCAUCGUGGUUCGGCAGGUGGGCCGCUACCUGACCUUUGCCAUCCGCAUGCCGGAGGAGGUGGUCAACGCCGUGGAGGACCAGGACAGCCAGGGCCUCUACCUCUGCCUCCGAGGCUGCCCGCUCAACCAGCAGAUCGACUUCCAGGCCUUCCACACGGACCCUGAGCGGCCCGGGGCCCGCAGGCCGGCGGCGGACAGCCCGGCCCCGGCGGCCCCAGACACGUUUCCCUACGAGAUCGCCGUGGCCAAGUGCAAGGAGAAGCUGCCGGUGGAGGACCUGUACUACCAGGCCUGCGUGUUCGACCUCCUGACCACGGGGGACGUGAACUUCACGCUGGCCGCCUUCUACGCCCUGGAGGACGUGAAGACGCUGCACUCGGACAAGGCCAAGCUGCACCUGUACGAGCGGACGCGGGAGCGCGUGCGGGGGGUGGCCGCCGCCCCGUCCCCCCCGGGGCCCCGGCCCCUGUUGGGCGCCCUGGUGCUCCUCCUCCUGCUGCCCGGGAGCUGGUAGCCGCCCGGACGGCCGUGUGGCACCCGAGAGGAAGGCCCAGCUUUGGCUUUUGGGAGCAGAGGUGGCCGCGGGCCAUGGACAGAUCUCCCCCAGAACUCAUGGGGGGAGGGGGGUGGCACCCCAUCUUCUCUAGACAAGGUUGUGAUGAUCGUGGUGCUGUGAUAUUGGUGACGGUGAAGCUGUGGGGAGCCACCACAGCUCCCCUCCGCAACACCCACCCCUAACGUCCCCCCAGGCUGACGCCCCCCCACCCUGCGC